AUGGCUCCUUUCGUUGUCUACGAAUUCGCGUUCGUCUGCUGUAGUAUUGCAGCUGUUGCUCUUCUCAUAUGGGACCAUGUCAUCACUUUCGGAAGGGAGGUACAGAUCUUUUGGUCGCGCAAAAUUUCUGGCCCAGCUAUACUAUAUGGUCUAUUGCGAUAUGGAACAUUGUUUGAAAAGAUCGCAGUUAUGCUUUUGGCUUCAUGGUACAUGACGCCUCAUGGAUGCAAUGUUGCAGUUCGGUUCCAAAUCUUUCCGAUGAUUCUACGGUCUCUCGGAUACGGGAUGUUUUCUGCAUUGCGGGUAUAUGCUCUUCGUAGGAAUCAGUGGCCCCUGGCUAUCUUUGUCUUUUUGCUUUGCUUGCCCUCCCUUGUGAUGCCUGCAUAUGUUUAUGCUCACCAAUGGUCUCCUGGCGUAAAUGUCUUUGGAUGCACAUUGGCCUACAAGGCAUCCCCUGUCGAGCAUACACGAUGUUAUACGCAUGACACAAUCCCUCAUCUCAUCGAAAUUGGAACAGUGAGAAUUGCUGGACUCGUGGCCGACCUACUCGGCGAGUUCAUUGUCAUUAUUGUCACCAUCAACAGGACGUUCCAUUUGAGAAAGCAAGCCAUACCUCUGGAGGAAGAGAAGAAAAGACCUGGCUUGAUGCAUCUAUUUUUGCGAGACGGGAGCGUCUAUUUUGUCGCCCUGCUAAUCUUGUCCCUCGCUGACAUGCUGGUCCUUGUGUUCGAUCAUGUUCCUUCAUUUGCCACACGCUACGACUACUGGGUGGUACCGUAUUAUACACCUGUGUUUCGAACGAUCAUCAUUUCCCGGUUCCUUCUAAUGCUUCGGAGCAUAUACUACGAUGAAAGCAACGACAAGACCGAUGCUGACGGCGAAGCGCCUCUGGGAUCGUUAAAAUUCCAAUCCCGCGUGAUAGGGACCAUGGGCGCCCCUGUCGAUUCGCAGUUCGAUGAAUACUCCGGUCCAGAGCCAUGGGAAGACGAAGACGAUCUUGUUUUCUCUAGUGACCCGCUGGCCGCUGGGUUACUCGAGACUGACACGCCCUCACACGAUUCAUCGGAUAACAUCGGCAAAGAGUCGACACCGUCGGAGGCUGAUGCUUCGAAUAUUGAAGCCUAG